GAAAGCUGCUAAACAUGAUAAAUAUUUCAGAUUUGUUUGAAGAUGAAUGAUUUAGUUCCGGAGACGCGGAGGUUCCAGAGACUAGCUGAUGCUAUCGGAGAGACCUUGGAGAGUGUUUGUAAUCUCAACGAAAAAGAGAGAACUCAGCUGCUGCUAGCCUGUGGAAUCUCUGAGGAUGAGAAAGAGGUGGAUAUUAAAGUAGAUAUUUCGGAACCUGAACCUGAAAAUGGGACUCAAGGUCAUACUAGUUCUGGGACCCGGAUACCAACUAAACGCAAGGUUUAUCCAGUACGGAGCUCCAGAGCCAAGACUAGAGUUCUGGGGCCUAUCCUGGAUACAACAGAGGAUACAGAUGAUGAUAUUCCUCUCCUUCAAACUAAAAAACAAGAACCUGAUGAUGAAAUUGAGAUUCUAAAUGUUGUUGCCAGUCCUUCCCGUUCAGACUCCUCCCGUCCCGGACCCUACCGUCCAUAUACCUCACCGCAACCUGGUCCCUCCCGUUCUUAUCUCUCUCCCAAACCUGGUCCCUCCCGUUCUUAUCCCUCCUCACAUUCUGGCCCCUCUCGUACUCAUCCCAUCCCGCAAUCUCCAGACAUUCCAUCUCCAUCACAACCAAGCUCUAGUUUUCUUCCUCCAAAGAAACGUCUCUCUAACUCAAUUCUUCCAGACUCACAAUCUCUGGGACAUAGCGCUCAAUCUCCGAUUCGCAACACCCAAUCUCCGAUACUCAACGUUCAAUCUGCGCAACUAGAGAGCCAAUCUCUGCUACACAAAAUCCAGUCUCCGCAUUUGCCUUCUGACAAUCAUGAUAACCUUCUAGAUAGUCCAUUAGGUCUGGAUGAGGAUCUGUACCAACUACCUGAUAUUCCUGAUCCAGUCAACCAAAACUCUUAUAAAGCGAGUAGAUCGAGUACUCCAAGUAUACGGGACGACUCUAAAUCUCCAGACCUUGAGAAUUACGACUCAGGACUGAAGGAGAAUACUGAGAUUGAAGAGCAUCUUCUGGAUUAUGUAUUCAAGAACAGUAAUAACCAGUUUAAUGAUAAGGAUAUUCUCAAGUGUUGGUUUGCCAACCCAUGCCGUCCUUUAUCCGAACAGUUAGACAGGUGUAAGAAGCUGGAAGAAUCUAAACUCGAGAAAAUCCCCGAGUUAAAAGUGGAGAACGAGGGCGAUUUUGAGAAUGAUUAUGAAACUAAUUUUGGAGAUAUAGAUCUGUAUUACGAGGCUCUGAGCAGUGUUGGAAAGUCAGCUAUGGAGGACCGUAUAUCCAUACUACCCAAUUUAGAGAGAUUGAGCUUAUUACUCUCAGCUGAGCCAAGGUUUAAACCGAAUCAGGGUUGGAUUCAGCUCCAGGUAUCGGAGAAGGGUUCUAAAUUCGGGAAUUUAUUUGUAUCUGAUGAAGAGAACCCCUCGACUCGUCAAAGUGUUUCGCCAGUAUCUGGGUUUGAACGGCUAAGAAGGACUUCUGGCAAGAAGAAGGUUAAGGACGUUUCUUCCUCCGGGGAGGAGUUUGAAUCUGAUAGUUCUGAUUGGGAGAAGAAGAAAGUAAACAAACCCUCCAGGGGACGAGGUCGAGGGAGGGGAAGAGGAAAAUAAUGAUGAAUUACGAACUGAAAACCAAUGAAAAUUAUGCUGUGAUACAAAUAUGAAUAAAAUCUUUGCAAUUUCAA